UUUUCCUUGUCCCAUUCCUUCACUCUUUUAUAGCAUCUCUAUAUCCCAAGACCUUCAUCUCUCAGCCUUUGCACCUACAAAAACACGACAAACUCCUCUUUAUACCCAUCUUUGUUCAACUUCAAGACCAUCGUCCACAUCCAAACAUCGCCAGCCAUGUCUGCUUCUCGUCAAAUCAUGAAAUGGAGCCCCCAAGUCCACCAAGACAUCCUCAUUGCCACCUUCUGCAACCUGAGCCUCUCUUCCGAGCAAUGGGCCAAAGUCAUGGCCGAUCUCAGCAAGAUGGGCUACACCUUUUCCGAGGGCGCGCUUCGGUACGUUGAUGCAUGUAUUUUGGGCCAAUGGCAUUUCACCAACGGCUGCUCACCCAUGGCAACGAGGCCUCGCUUGAUCGGCCUGCAUUCAACACCCCUGGCACCUGUGCUUCACUCUGCCAGCUGGGGCGGAGAAGAGAAUGCGUAGCAGAGUAAAAAAAAAAAGACGGGCAGUACUGCUCGCCCAUUUGCGGCACUGCAUUCACUCUUAUCUGACCUGUGCACUACUCCAUCCCCUUACAUAUCUAUGCACCACACUCUCUCCAUCUUGUCACACACUUCUCUCUCUUCGGCACUCACUCAUCAUCCCAAUCAUAUCAACCAUCUCCAUCCAAGUGUCUCAACCUUUUUCUUUCCCCACUCUUCAUCAGUCAAAAGUUCAUUCUUUGCCAUCCCAAGCUACAAUGGUCGCACCAAAGUCCAAAGAUGCCACCCCGUCGGGCAGCAAGCCCACUCGAGGCUGGGACGCGGCUGCUCACGAAGCGCUUCUCUUGUGCGUCAUUGAUGAGAUCAAAGGCGGCAAGGCUUUCUUGACUGAAGUCACCAGACGGAUGCAAGCACGCGGAUAUAGCUACAGCUACGAUGCCAUAAAUCAACAUGUCCAAAAGUUGCGCAAGGCUCGCGACACCAAUGGAAUCGUCGCCGCGGCUGAUCCGUUCGCUGCUGGGGCCUCCAAGGCUUCCGCCACUCCUCGCAAGCCGGCGGCUACUCCUCGCAAGCGCCGCACUCCAGCCAAGAAGGAUUUCGACGAGGACGACGAGGACGACGACGUCAAGCUCAAGUUGGAGCAGGCCGCCGAGGACGAUGAGAUGGACAGUCCAUCAAUUCGUCCCUCGAAGCGCGCCAGAGCCAGUGCUUCGUCUUUCGACAUCGGAAUCGGUAGCCUGCCCAAUCCAGCUGAGAUCUAAGCUCGCAUCAAGAGCCACUUGAGUGGAAGCAACUAUAUGGAGCGACUAUUUUACGUAUCAAUUGAAAUUGAAAUGGACAUUCGGCAAGGAACUGGAAGGGAAGGAAUUGCAUUUAGGAAAUGGUAAAGGCAGCAUCUUAUCACAAAGGGAAGAUUUAAGCACGUAUAUACCGUCGCAUAACGACAGGGAACAAUUGCAACGCAAAGAUUUAUCAU